AUGGCGGUGGGCCUCCUACAGGUGCAGGAGCAGAAGCAGGAGCAGGAGCAGGAGCAGGAGCAGGUUCCCCAUGAUGGUGGUGAAAUUCGACCUGGCUCUGAGUCUCUUGCAAAAUUUGAAUCUGACACCAAGAGCAAAAGUAACAAAAGUAAAAAUAAACAAGGAGACUAUAUCAGACUAAAAAGCUUCUAUACAGCAAAGGAAACCAUCAACAAACCGGCCACUCUUGGGGAUGUGUCCAAAGGCUUCGUGGACCUGGCUGACUCAGCUGAAGUGAACAACUACUGGGCUCUGAACCUGACCUCCAUGCUCUGUCUGACUUCCAGCAUCCUGAAGGCCUUCCCAAAGAGUCCUGGCCUCAGCAGGACUGUGGUUAACAUCUCAUCCCUCUGUGCGCUGCAGCCCUUCAAGGGCUGGGCACUGUACUGUGCGGGGAAGGCUGCUCGUGACAUGCUGUUCCAGGUCCUGGCUGCAGAGGAUCCGAGUGUGAGGGUGCUGAGCUAUGCCCCAGGUCCCCUGGACACAGACAUGCAGCAGUUAGCCCGGGAGACCUCCGUGGACCCAGACCUGCGAGAAAAGCUGCAGGAGCUGAAGACAAAGGGGAAGCUUGUGGAUUGCAGGGUGUCAGCCCAGAAACUGCUGAGCUUGCUGCAGAAGGACGAGUUCAAGUCUGGAGCCCAUGUUGACUUCUACGACGAAUAAGCCCAUGUCCCUGGCUUCCUGGGGGGCUUUCUUCCCCUCUUUCAGGCACACCCAGGAGCCCUGCGCCUCCCCACAUCCUGCCACAGUGCCACUGCCAACCCUGCCCUCAGAUCCAGCCAGCUGUGAGGGCCCUGGCGGCUGACGUUUCUAAUCUCAGGAGUCUGGUUUGACCACUCUGAGUUAGGAGUAGGCUUGGGAGAGACAUGUUGUGGGUUUUGGUGUUUUCCCACCCCAGGAGUAGAAUUUUAGGGAUGAGAAAAGCAGAAGAAGCUAAAACACUGAAGAGAGGAGGUUGGGUCUCCUGCCCGUGGCCAGUCCAUGGGGAGGAGGGGGCUGAGCUAGUGUCAAAUAGCAGGGCCCAUGAGGAUUCACAGAUGGCUGGGAGGGGAGGGAGGACAGUGCAAGUCCCGGCCCACAGGGAUGCCCCUUGCUCAGGGUGGCAGGACCUUCUGUUAAAUUUCAUGUCCUUAAUCGGAUGCUUCUUCCCUCCAGAACCUACCAUCCAUCCCCAACAUGGGGGAGUGGGUCCUGAGAAUUUAUGUACACGUUCAAGGCAGAUACAAAUAAAAUGUGGAUUGGCCUUUUUUUCA